AAAUCGAACGUGAUGUGCUAAUUGUGAUCAUUGUUCGAUUUCAUAUUGCAGACAGAAAGCUAUUCAAGUGUGUUUCUUUGUGCGCUUAUGCAGAUGAUGAGCAGCCAUUCCUGAGGCAGGGGGCGGGCGAGUGUUGAGCGGACCAACAGCAGAGUCUUGGAAGUACCCCUCACACCGCCACCUCUCCUGCAGCCUCAGGCCUCUGCACAUUUACAAACUUCUCGGGAAGCAGAACCAAGACCCAAAAGGACCGCAAGCUGCCAGCACCGGACCUUUUGCUGGAUUACGGUUAAAUAUAUAUUUUUUGGAGGAGACUUUUAAUGUCUAUUCAAAUUUGUAGCUACUUUUUAUUGUUUUAAUCACGGUGGAUUGUUGUGUCGUUUGGAACUUUUCGGACUGACGCCGGCGCGCAUCAAUCUGGUGCACAGAGCAAGGUGAUCGUCGAUCCGGAUUAAGUGAAAGAUUUUGCAAAAAAAAAAAAAGGGAGCAUUCUAGCGUCCCAUCUUCAGUCUUUGGAUAGCUGACAUCACCGCGCGAAGAAAGCUCGGUGCGCGCUCGGAACACCGCAGGGGAGAGAGCGAGCGAGCGAGCACCAGUGUCCACGCCGGGAGAGCAAGUGCACCCUCCGCGCGCACCCUGCCGGCCGAGGACUGCGGGCCUCCGGAGCCUCCAUAAAUGCUCUGCCCGUCGCAGAGGCUCCAGGCUGGCCAGCAAGAUGAGCUCCACCGUGCAGCUGCUGCUCGCGUUACUGGCGACGUGCGUGCGAUUUGGCGCAGCCGAGGGGGAUCCACUUCCUGCGGCCCUGCUGGAGCUGGUUAGAAAUAGUCCCAUCUCCUCCAUCGACGACCUCCAGCUGCUUCUGCUGACUGAUUCCGUAGAUGAGGAGGAGCCAAACUCAGCAGCAAAUGGAGGUCACAGACUACCAAGGAGCCUGGUUGCUCAGCCAGCCCAGCAGGCCGUGUGUAAAGUUCGCACGGAGGUGGUGGAGGUCACCAGGGCAAUGUUGGACCGAAGCAAUGCUAACUUCCUGCUAUGGCCACCAUGUGUGGAGGUGCAGCGCUGCUCCGGUUGCUGUAACACCAAAAGCCUUCAGUGCGUCCCUGUUGUCACCCACACCAGAUACCUGCAGGUCAUGAAGAUCGAAUACAUCCAUAAAAGACCCACGUACGCUAAAGCCGUGGUGUCCGUGAUGGAUCACGUGGAAUGCCGAUGUCAGCCCGCUCCGCGACAGCCGGCGCUGAAGAGGAAAUCUUCUCGCCGGCAUCAUGGCCACAAGGAGCACCAUCGCAACCAGACGCUCAGCCAUGGACGUGGACAGGUGAAGGUGCAUAGCAAGGAUGAGCUCCAUCAGUGGGAUGAGCUGAAGCAGAAUCAGGGUUCCCUCCUGGUGGACCUUCUGGAGCAACACUGGAGCUCCAGAGGAGACACAUUCAGGCAGCGUGCUGAAGGCUACAGUCUGGCUGGAGCUGAAACAUCUCCACCAGAUGAGGAGGUUCUCAUUGGCUCACACUGGACACGUAACUCCACUGGCUUACUUGAGACUAAAACCCAAGUGGAGAGCAAAGAAAGGAAUGCAGAAGGAAACAAGACUUCAGUGGAUCAUGUUGGCAUGAAUAAAACAUUACAAGAUGGUCAGGGGCUCAUCGGUCCCGGGGGAAUUGUUAUUGAGGGACCAACGGGCAGGGAUGAGGGUACAGAAGAAACAUUUUCCUUUCCCAAGUCUGUCACUCAAAAACCUCCAGCCAAAUGGAAUCCAAUUGAGGAAGCCAUUGACAGGUUUGGAAGUCGGUUCAGACCCACCAAAGAACCCAACCCGGAGCCUCGGAGAGGCAACAAGACUCCAGAGGAGGUGAAAAUGAUGCAGAUUGCCGAGACAAAGUUAGAGGAGGAGAGGAAAGAGCUGCUCCUGCUGCACAAGAAGUUGGACCAUGAGAAGGAGAUACUAAAACAGCAGCAAAAGAAACGAGAGGAGGAGCAGCACCUCCUACGUAGUCGACAUCGUUACAUGCAAACAACCACCACGACCACAACCUCGCCAGAGACAACGACCACAGCCAGCAAACAGAAACCCUCAGCUCCAGCGGGGCCCAGACCUCCAGGACAUCCGAGAAGAAGGCUGAGGAAGAAUCGAAAAAGGAUAAGCAAGGCAGCUAUGAGAGCAAUGCUGAUGUAAAGCUUUAAAAGGAUUCUCGGAGCACAAGAUGAGCUUGGAGUAUGGAUAAUGCAGGUCUUACUAAAAGUAUUCAACUUACUCCUCAGAGACUCGACGUACUGUUUGAAGAAGCCAUAACGACACCUGGAUGGAGGAAAAAGUGGAGACUUUCCAGCAAAAGUUGGAAGUGGCAUCCAAAGACUUGCCAAAUAUGUGCGGCAAAUUUCCUGCCUUUGACCUGAACUGUGGAAACCAGUGCAACUUCUCCACACGGAUUCUUGUUUUGAUAAGACAAGAAAGAAAUUGCACUUCUAAAUAUUGCCGUUUAAUGAAAAUGUCGCUUUCUGAAAGACUGUUUUUUUGGAGUUGACUUCAUCGUUUAAUUACAAAGGAAACCAGCAAAGACUUCUCUAUUAUAUUUAAUUCCAUCCAACCCAUUGCAAACACUGGAGAUAAGCAGAUGUGAUCGAUCGGCAUGACAAAUCAAAACAAAGGUGUGCAAAGGGCUUUUCUGCUUCCUUCAUUCUUAUUUAUUUAUCUAUCAAUCUAUCUCAACUACUACUAAGGGUUAACCUUCUUCACCAGUAUUGAAAACAAAACAGUAUGUAACAGUGUCGUGACAAGUCACAGUUUUCAUUGAACAGUUUUUUAUUUGGAUCACUUUUUAAAGUUUUAUAUAUUGUCAUGUCAAGCGUGUGUGUGUGUGCUGCUUUGUAUGUUGCCUGUGUUCAAUUAUGUCCUUUUAAUUCAAAAAAACGUCCCUCCUUCACAUUCCUGAGCAUAUAUAUAUAUAUGGGAGGAACAAAUGACUGUUGUUAUUCUGUGUUUAAAUAUCCAUAAUCAGAAACUUAAAUUAUUGAAACGCGUGUCAACUUAACAAUUGUUACUGAUUGUGUCUCUUUUAUUAUGAUUUUUGAGGAAACAAAACUAAUGAUAUUUUCUUAUGGUAAAAGGAAAAAUGUG